AUGGACCGAUUAACAACAACCACACUACUCAUCUUCGCUCUCCUCUUCAGCAGCGCUACUGCUUUCAACAACGUCGGAAGCCAAAGCCUCUCGACCCUCCUCCCCCGACAAGAAACCUGCGGGUCCGAUACCAACUCCGUUACCUGUAACGUCGGCUCCUUCUGUUGCCCCUCCAACACUCGCUGUAUCCCCGUUGAAAAUGCAACCUCGGUCGUGUGUUGCAAAGUCGGCGAGAUCUGCGACGAGAUUUUUCCCAUUACGUGUUCCACAACAACCCUGAGCACGCUCUCGACACAACCAAAGCUCGACACCUGUGGCACACAAUGCUGUCCAGUGGGUUAUGAAUGUGGCCCGAAUAAGGAUCGUUGUAUCAUGAAAGCUGCGAACCUGCCCGCGGAUUACGUUGAGAACCGGGAAGGCAGGAAGAAGAACGCUACUGAUGAAGCGCUGUUGGAGACAUGUAAACAGUUUAUCACUCUUCCUGCAACUAGUGAUGAGGUUCCGGUGUCUCGAUGCUCUAAGUUUACCUGGGAAGGAAUUCUUGUUGGCCUUUUCCCGGGAAUUGCCAUUGGACUUGCGAUAAUGCUGGUAUAUAUCAAGGCGGUGGAGAUGAAAACUCGCCGGCGGACAAUCCACUUUAACGGGCGUCUUUCUGCCAUGCCCGAAGACUUUGAAGAACAGAAGCUGCCGCCACCACCGGUUCCGGUGAUUGGAGCGGACGUGAGGGAGCGGUACUCAAGCAAUUUCUUUAGUGCAAACAACAACCCCAUGGUUGUGAACCCCACUCCCGCAUUAACAAAUGAGUGGAAGCCCCGCGACAUGACCAAUGAAUGGAAACCGCGAAACUUCUCGGGCUCCUCCAACCCAAUCCUCGAGGGCCGAGGCAGUGCAAUGAGCCGGAGCACCAACGCAUCAUCUACAAACUCCCGCUCGCCUGCUCCGUACCCGCUCACGCCUGCACCAAAGCCUGCACCAGCUCCAUACUCUAUCUCACAAACCUCGACACCAUAUAUUCCUACUCCUGAGCCGUCCGCUUACAACCCUGGACCGCGCUCGCGGCCAUCCGAAGUCUCAUCUGUCUCAUCUGUCACCGCCUCCGACUUCUCCGCCGCUGUGACGAAAGCGCUACGAGGUGGAGAUAGGCCCGACUUGGAUGAGUUUAGUGAGCCCAUGAAGGCGCGAGUCAUGGAUGUGAACCGCCCGCUGUCUCUGGAGACUGGAUACACAGCCAGUUUCUACCAGGGAGGUGAGGGGCUAUGCCAUCCGCCAUUCGUUGACGAGGAGGAAGUCCCACCAUUGAGGUUCAAGGGAGGACUGCAGCCUGUAGGAUUGACAGGAAGAGGCUUGGGAUGGGACGAUAACCGCUUCUAA